AUGUCUACUAUCCACGAACCAACGGCAGAAGAGGCGGUAGCUCUCUUCGAAGCCAUCGAGAAGAAAUUCCCUCACAAGACACUCGGGGAGGACAAAUGGUACAUUGUGGCUCUAUCAGCGCUCGUUGGAGUCGAACCACUGCAUGUCGGAACACUGUACACCUAUCUCAUCAAUAAACCCGAAUUUGCGACAUCCGAGUCCCGACAAGCACUUGUACGCCGUCUACGCGAAGCUCUGGUGAAGAACAUAUCAAUUCAAGGCGUGUGCAAACCUAUUGAGGCGGUCAUUGCUAUUGGAAAAGUCGAGCGACCGGAAGAUCGGGACCUUUCUUGCUCGAGGGAAGGAUGGCAGGCUGGGCCAGAAAACCGUGCCAGAGGAGAAGCCUGGCUGAACACGAUAUACCAAAAAAAUCUGUCAACCACCGUCGACCACUUUGCAGCACAUAAAGACUUCGAUUGGAUCAGCAGGGAGAUCACAUAUGGGCUGUACCUGUCAGAUCACCGCAUCCUUGAACCCCUUGCGACGGAAUUGCUUGUUUUAUCAGGGAUAAUGAUACAAAACCUGCCGUCGGAAACUGCCUGGCACUUACGUGGUACUAGGAGGGUAGGUGUUAGUGCGGAGGACGUAGAGUUGGUACAGCAAUGCGUUGAGUUGGUUGCUAAAUUUGCUGGGAUCAGGUUGCAUAAGGUCCCAAGAGUAGCUGAUAUUGAAAAUGAGGUAUAA